GUUCUGCGCCCGCCCCAUUGGGCCGGCCGCGGAUACUGUGUGUCGACUGGGAGUUACAGUGUAUCCCGGGGAGAGUUACAGUGUAUCCCGGAGAGCCGCGCCGUGUCUGGGCGCAGCUACAGGCCGUUCCCGGGAUGGCGCCGGGAGAGGAGCUGCCGCCGGCCGACACCAGCGGGACCAACCUGACCCGCAGCCUGGAGAAGGCGCUGGACGAGGCUGCGGGCACUGGUAUCUUGAACCUCAGCAACAGGAAGCUGCGGGAGUUCCCCCGGGCCGCCAGCAACUAUGACCUGUCCGAUGUGAUCCAGGCCGAUCUGUCAAGGAACCGUCUGUCAGAGGUCCCGGAGGAGAUCUGCCAGUACAUCUCGCUGGAAGUGCUGAACCUCUACCACAAUUGUGUGCGGUCCAUCCCCGCCUCCAUCGCCAACCUCCAGUCACUCACCUACCUCAACGUCAGUCGCAGCCACCUCUGUGCCUUGCCCGCCUACCUGUGCAGCCUGCCCCUCAAAGUGCUCAUCGCCAGUAACAACAAGCUCACCUCACUGCCCUCUGACAUCGGCUGCUUCCGGCAGCUCCGCGAGCUGGAUGUGAGUUGCAACGAAAUCCAGAGCCUCCCUCCGCAGAUCGGCAACCUGGAGUCACUGCGGGACCUCAACGUGCGACGCAACCAGCUGGACCGGCUGCCGGAGGAAAUCGCAGAGCUGCCACUUGUUCGACUCGAUUUCUCCUGUAACAAGGUCACUCGCAUUCCCGUUUGUUACAGACACCUCCGGCACCUGCAGAACAUCUUACUGGACAACAACCCAUUACAGUCCCCACCUGCACAGGUCUGCACUAAAGGGAAGAUCCAUAUAUUUAAAUACUUGAACAUUGAAGCUUGUAAGAUUGUGCCGGACCUGACAGACUUGGAUCGAGCUUUGCGUCCCCAGGGCUUCAGUUCCUGCCUCUCCGAUGACUUGUGCCCCAACCACCAGCGCAGCGGCCUGGACUCAGGAUUUAACAGUGUGGACAGCGGCAGCAAGAGGUGGUCUGGGAACGAGUCCACAGACGAGUUCACUGACCUGUCACUCCGGAUGGUGGAGAUAUCCCGGGAGCAGCGGCAGCUGAGGGGGAGCCAGACGCCCAGACGCACAGAGGAUGGAGGAGGGGACCAGGACUUUGAACAGAUCGACUUCAUCGACAGCAGUGUGAACGGGGAGGAGGAGGAGGGGAGAGCGGAACCGUUCACCCCACAGAACCGGCACCCACACCCGCAGCAGGACCAGGACAAGGUGCGGAGCCAAAACAGCCCGGACAAAGGGCCGAGCGAGGAGGUGUCAGGAGGCCGGUACGAGGGGGUCCGGGACGGGGAGGAGCGGAGGAGACCCGAGACCCUGCAAAUCUGGCAGGAGCGGGAGAAGCAGAGCCGGACCCAGACCGCCGAGCGCCGGGAGAGGGGCAUCAGUAUCAGCUCUGCAGGCAAAUCUGCCACAGUCGGCCCCCCAGCGCAGAGUGAGCUGGGCAGCAAACUGGGCACUGGGGGCUGCACCGGGAACAGCGCAGGAACCCCGUCCCCGCCAAAGGGCGAUAGACAGGUGAACACUGACCCCGGGGGCCCUGCGGUACCAGCUGCUCGACCAGAUCGUGCUCCCCCCUUCAGCGGUGACCCCCCCUCCAGCGGUGACCCGGGACCCCUGCACAAACCCAACAGCUUCCUCUUCCGAUCGUCAACCCGCGGUAACUUAAAGUCCACCUCAGCUGUGAGCCCUGUCUCCCCACUGAGUCCCACCCAGAUGUUUGCAGACUUGCCCUUGGACGCGAAGCCAGUGGGGAGAUUGCGGAGCCCGGAACAGGGGGCAAAAGAAGAGGAACAGAUCACUCAGCUGCGUAAGAGCAUUGAGUCGAGGUUGAACUGUACGCUGCCCGAGGACCUGGGUGAGGCGUUGAACAACGGCGUGACGCUCUGUCAGUUGGUGAACCAUAUUCGGCCCCGAUCCAUCUCCAUCAUCCACAUCCCCUCCCCUGCAGUGCCUAAGCUCAGCCUCGCCAAGAGCAGGAGGAAUGUGGAGAGUUUUCUGGAAGCCUGUCGGAAGAUGGGAGUUCCCCAGGACGCCCUGUGCCGGUCUCAGCACAUCCUGGAGGAGGACGGGCUGCUGAGCGUGGCGGAGACAGUGCGGCACCUGGAGCAGGCGGCGCGGCCCAAACCGGUGCGGCUGGCGGAGGGAGACUGAGGCGGUCGGCGGCGGGGCCGGUGCGGGGACGCGUCUACAGCUCGGGACCUCGGAGCUGUCUCCUGUUCCCCUCCCCCCGAGACCUGAUGCCCUGGCACUGAGGGAGGGCCGCAGGUGCCGUCUCCACGCACCGGGCACCGCCGUGGACGGAGGCCCUUCAGCCAUCGAGUUUGUACUAGCUCUGUAAGAAGAAUUCACCCACCCUCUCCCCAAGGUCCCGAAAAUGCUCACCAGCUCCCUCCAAGUGCCCCCAGCACCCCCUCCCGCCGGGACAUCCCACCGCCCAAUCACUUACUUUGUUUAAAAGGAAUAUUUUCUCCACAGACGCUGCCCGACCCGCUGAGUGUUAACAGCAGCUGCAGCUUUCUGCAGUCACCACCUCCCCCCAUGGGAACGGUUUCUCUUCAUCUCCUCUGUCCCUAUGUCAGGUUCUCUCGCACCCAUCGCUGCUCCAAGAACAGCCGCGGCUUCUCCAGCCAGUCCGCAGAGCUAAAGUCUCCCGUCUCUGGAGUUAUUAUCGUUCCCAAGGUGCGGUGCCCCGGCCACGACCUAGCCCGUGCUCUAUACAGGUCCGCUGUGUGCCUCUGUUGAUGGAGUCCAGCGCCGUGUAUGGACUUAACCCCCGCCCCCCCCCAAACCUACCCCGCCACGGAACAAUGCACCGACACCCCCGUCUCUCUGUUUCUGCACCAUUACCCCCUGGUUUACGCUUCUCUUCCCAACGACGUGUAACCCCGCGUGUCUCAGCAGGGAAUCCCACCUGCCCGCUCCCCCACCACCGGUCCCGCCUGAGAGUCGCUGCCUGCCCGCCUCACUGCCUCUCCCGGUGCGGGGACCGUGCCCCCUUACACCCAAGCCUCUCGCGUCAGAUGUUUUCCGUGCCCUCGGGUAGAGGGCGAGACCCUUCUGCCACUCCCACCCACCCACAGGGGAGGGGCUGUACCUGAGGCACCCUCACUGAAAGGUGCUGGCUGCUGUUCUCACUUGUGGGAUCUUGCUGUGCCCAGAUAGGCCUCUCAACUUCUUCAGCGUCAAGCGUCAAGCGUCCUGCCAAAACCGCGAGGGGCUUCAGCCUGUCCCGGGUGGCGAGGGGUGGGGGUGGUGGGUGCCGGAGGAACGGAUUGCGGUGUGUCUCCCCCCAGCGGGGGCAUUGACUGUUCGACUGUGGCAGGUAUCACAGCCUCGGUCCGGCCGCUUCGGCUCGCGGGCGCCCUCUGCCCCACGCAAACGGGGAACCCGCGCGGUCCCCCCCGCCCGUCCGUGGGGCUGUCAGGUGCUGGGACGCCCCAAGGUGGCGAACGGCGCUACAGAAAUGCAACUUCCGUCCGUGUUUGUGUUAUUAAAGGCGGGUUUG